GACACCGCACAUCCACACCCAUUAUCUCUAGGAAGUAACGUGACUAUCUUCUUCUGUUGAGUCUGACUUAAGAUUUUAAAUUUAGGCAAACUGGAUCAGUUUAGAUCUCCAGCCAAGUGAGCACAUCUAGCAGCUGACUUCUGUUGGAUCAGGACAGGGUGUGGGGUUGCCUGAUGCACACAUGCGGGGUCCGCGAUGGCCUCCCCGCGGCUGGAGACGUUCUGCUGCCCGAACCGGGACGCUGCCACGGAGUUCGCAGUCUCCUUCCAGCCCGUCCUGUUCGGGGCUCUGAGUCUGGGCAGCGCCGCUCUGAGCCUCAUGUUCGCUGUUCUGCAGGUUCUGCCGAAGCGCAAAGGAUACAGGAGACUAGGACAGUACCCUCUGCCGAGGCCCGCCUCCUCCUCCAGAAUAUUGUUCAUCAUCAGUAUAUGUGACAUACUGGGAUGCACAGGGAUCAUUGUCAGAUCCUCUGUGUGGCUGGGUCUGCCGAGCAUCGUCGAAGGCAUCUCAGUGACCAACAACACAGACGUGUCGCCAGAGGCCUUCUGUGUUGGCAGCGCAAUGUGGAUCCAGCUGUUCUUCAGCGCUUCGUUUUGGUGGACUUUCUGCUACGCCGUGGACGUCUUUCUGGUGGUGAAAACCUCUGCUGGGAUCAGCACCAUUGUCCUCUACCACAUGAUUACGUGGGGUCUGGCUGUGCUGCUGUGUGUUGAAGGAGUGGCCAUGCUCUACUACCCAUCCAUCUCUGACUGUGAACAAGGCCUCCAGCACGCUGUUCCCCACUACAUCACCACAUAUGCCCCCAUGCUGCUCGUCCUCAUAGCUAACCCCGUGUUCUUUAGCCGGACCGUCUCUGCAGUGACAUCCUUAUUAAAAGGACGACAAGGAAUCUAUACAGAAAAUGAGAGACGGCUGGCUAACGAGAUUAAAAUCCGCUUCUUUAAAAUAAUGCUUGUGUUCUUUGUUUGCUGGGCUCCAAAUAUCAUCAAUGAGUGCCUCCUCUUCUACCUGGAGAUGCAGCCAGAUGUCACUGACAACAGUCUGAGAGACAUCAGGAACGCAGCCCUCACCACAUGGUUCAUCAUGGGCAUUCUGAACCCAAUGCAGGCUUUCCUCAACACCCUGGCCUUCCACGGCUGGACGGGUUGGGACGUGGACCUCAACCCGCAGCGGAGCAGGGAGCUGGCCUGGGACUCGGGCUCUACCUCGGUGCCUAACACGGCCGGACAAAACCCUGUGGUGGGAACGACUCUGCUGUACCAGAGUCACGUUCAGGAAGUGCAGAAGAACACGAUAGGAAAUGGACAGCAGCACUCUGACGCCAUCAGUGUCCUCUCUGAAGGUUCAGAGUCUAGUACAGUUGAAAUCCACAUUUCCAGCGAGCUACAAGGGGACGUAGAUGCUGACGGAGAGUCCAUGGAGAACUCUGUGAGACACUAGCUGGCCUCAUCCACUCCAACUCCCUCCCCUUUUACAUCGUAUUAGUUUUAAGUUAGACCUUGGUAGUUUUAGUCAAGUGUUACGAUGGCAACUGCUUUUGAGAAAGCUGCUCUGACAGAGUAGAUUCAAUUUUCUGUUUUCAAGACCUUUUUUUUUUUUUUAUCUCUAAACAUUUUAAACCUUCAGCAGUAUUUAUAGGGUUUCUUUUGCCGAUCAGCUGAACAGCCCCAGCAAUAUUUUUUUUCUUGUAGCGUAAAACUUGCAAAACAAACUGACAUUUGUUUUGUUAUCCAAUUACAGAUUGACCUUUAGUGCUGGAAGAGAUUUCUUUUUUUUCCAAUGGGCAAAUUCUCUGUUUAGUGCACUGAUCUUGUAAAAUGGAUCCCAUCAAUAAGCUAAGAAGACACUACAAAUUCUUUAAGCUUAUCAGUGUGUUUUUUUUAAUAAAGGCUAUUGUAUUUCACAC